UUAAAACAAAUGAAGCUGUAAGUUUUCUUCUUUUCUAAUUCACUAGUAAAGAUGAAAACUAUAUUCCCACUCAAUUUUAGGAAGCAAAAUGCAAUGUGCCAUCUGGGGAUAAAAAGGAAGAAGCUGAGCAACCCAGUGAUAUAGAGGAAGGUGGAUUAGAUCUCAGUGUGACGCUCAAACCAGUCAGUUUCUACAUCGCAGACAAAAAAGAAAUGCUUCAACAGUGUUUCUGUGUCAUAGGAGAGAAGAAACUACAGAAGAUGUUGCCUGAUAUCCUAAAGAACUGUUCGAUUGAGGAAAUCAGAAAGCUUUGCUUGGAGCAGUUGGAGCUGUUAUCUGAAAAAAAACUGUUGAAGAUUCUUGAAGGCAAGAAUGGAGCCGAGUCUGAUACUGAUGAGGAUGCAGAUGGAGGAGACAAGACUGGAGGUGAAUCAGUCAGUCAGCAGGAUAACAGUAUAGACUCUACUUCAUCUCUAAGAGAAGACCACAAGUUGGAAGGUCAGGAAUCAAAACAAGGCAAAGGAGAAGAUAGUGAUGUCCUCAGCAUAAAUGCAGAUGCAUAUGAUAGCGACAUUGAAGGCCCAUGCAAUGACGAAGAGUGUCCAGAUGUUCAGGAAGGUACUGUCAGAAGUGGAGCUGGUCAGAUAGAUGACCUUCAGAAGGACAUUGAGAAGAGCGUGAAUGAGAUACUGGGGUUGGCAGAAUCCAGUCCAAAGGAACCCAAGGCAGCAACCUUAGCUGUUCCUCCAUCAGAAGAUGUCCAGCCAUCAGCACAACAACUGGAGCUCCUGGAGCUUGAGAUGAGAGCCAGAGCUAUUAAGGCUUUAAUGAAAGCUGGUGAUGUAAAAAAACAGCCCUAAGGUGGUGGUUUUUUAAUUUUUAGUAUUUGUUU